GUGCACCAGUAUAAAUAAGAACGACUCUUUUUAUCACUCAAUACCUUUAUACUGGUAUAUAAAGUUAAAAACGUACAGACACCAUGAGAGGGGUUAAUAUCAUUUUUGUAUCUGUGUUGUAUUUUUCGAUCGACGACUUGUUGAGCCAUUGUGUUGACGCUACAUGUCCUGGAGGAUUUACACUGUAUCGUGGACUAUGUCUGGCCCUAUCCAAUCAGACAAUGCUAAGCUGGCCCAAUGCAUUGGGAACUUGUCAAGACUUAAGUGGAACUCUUCUUACCAUUGACAAUGCCCAGAAACAAAAGAAUGUAGAGGAUUUCAUUACUGAUCACUACAAUGCUUCUAAAAGAGUUUUGGAUCUUCCACCAGUUUACCAAUACCAUUACAUAGAUGAGCUAAGCACCUACAUCAGACAAGAAAAAUACAUUCAGUUUGAUAUCAAAGGCUGUAACGACGCUCAUCUUAUUCUCUCAGAGCACCGAAAUGAUUCAUUUUCCUCAUACGAGAUUGUCAUCGGGGGUUGGGGCAACACGCAAUCUGUAAUAAGGGAUUGUAAACAGUGUAUUUCCAUGGCGACCGCGUUCCACAGUCCAUUGUCUUGCACAGAGUUCAGACCGUUUUGGGUCAGCUGGGGUGGCGGCACCAUAAGGGUGGGAGAAGGCUGGGAGGUGGGCACAGGUACAUUCAUGGAAUGGUCUGAUCCAACGUCACAUCCGGUCAACUUUUUAGGAAUUUCAUCCUGGAAUACUAUGACGUAUUGGCGAUAUUUCAAAGACCCGUAUAACAGCAAUUUCUGGCUCGCUGGUUCAGAUCUAAGACACCAUGGACAGUGGGAGUGGUUCCCAGAGGAGGAUUUUGUGGUCUUUGAGAAUUGGUUACCAGAUCAAGAAGAAUCCCAACAACAUUCACCAACGCGGCACUGUAUGCAGAUGUCGCUUUAUAAUAACUUCAAGUGGGUCGCCGACAACUGCAUGCAAAAUCGAAAGUUUAUUUGCGAACAUUUAUCAACCUCAAAGUCUCCGUUUGGUUGAGGAAUGUGAUGUUGAUAUGGACACUAAACAUUAUCAGAAAUAAUGUCUGAAGUUCAUUUCUGAAAUUCGUUAUUUUACGAUAUAUUUAUAAAAUAAUAAUGACCACACUAUACUGUGAUAUUUUAUAGGUUAAAAAUUUCGCAUUUCCAAAUCGGUAAUCUUGUGAUAUACAUUUGCAAAUAAAUCAAUUAAAACUUUUACAAAUUUAUUAGUCCAUAAAUAAUUUUUCUGUACAUACACGAUAUUAUUGAAAUUAGCACUAUGCCGAAUAGUAAUUCCAUGCCAAAGUGGCAUUUUUGCACUCGUCUAAGCUGCAUGUAUCGAAAAAUUCAAAUAUGCCAUAUGAUAGACCAUUGCCUUAAGAGUAUAUAACCACCUUUGUAAACUGUUUUGAUAAACAUAUACGAGUAUGUGUUAAAAUAUAACCAUUUAUAAUGUUAUUUUUUUAUUGAUUGAUAUUAAAUCUUUUUUGUUAUUAAAUGGCUGAU